AAACAUGUAAAGCCAAGAUGAUCCAAUAUAUUCGCCAAAAAACACACACCACCAAAAUUUUUCUUUUUAAAAAAACAGUUCCUCUAAAUUUAGAUACCCCAUCCGUUGUUUCUCUCUCUCACAUUCUCUGUCAGAAAGAGAGAGAGAGAUUAGCAGCACCACAUGACCGCCCCAUAUUUCGCCAUAUAAAGAUGGAUUUAUUAUAUAUAUAAAAACUCCAUUAUAUUGUCCAUAGCUUCAUAAGGAGAGUAGCUGUGUGCUAAGAGUUGGCAACAAUGGCUCCUCCAUUCUCCUCUAUUUUUGUUUUCUCUCUUUUGUUUAUUGGUGUUUUCGUGCAAGCCGACCAGGUGGGGCAAUCCGCUGCAUUUACUUAUGAUGGCUCGCAUGGACCUCAAUACUGGGGAGAGUUGAGCCCAAGUUUUGCAGCAUGCAAAAAUGGAAAAUCACAGUCACCAAUAGACAUUGUGAAGGACAAGACCUCGUUUGGCAAGCAUCUUCAAACACUAAUCAGAAAAUAUACUUCUGCUAAUGCCACACUUGUCAACAACGGCUUUAACAUUGGGUUACAUUUCGGGGAGAAUUCAGGUGGAGUAGCCGUAAUAGAUGGUAAAAACUACAGCCUCAAACAAAUGCAUUGGCAUUCUCCUUCCGAGCACCGCCUCAACGGCGAGCAAUUCGCAGCCGAGCUUCAUCUACUCCAUCAGGCAGACGACGGCAGCCUCUCCGUCAUAGCAAUCCUCCUCCAAUACGGCGAUCCAGAUCUCCUACUCCAGAAGAUCCAAGACAAAUUGGGGGAGUUAGCCAAGGAGCGAUGUGGCGCCGAUGAAGAAUCUCACAUUACAAUCGAAAACCUAGACACGAGGCAAUUGAGGAAGAAGACUCGCAAAUAUUACAGAUACGUCGGCUCUCUCACCACUCCUCCCUGCUCCGAGAACGUCAUCUGGAGCAUUCUCGGCAAGGUGAGGACUAUUUCGAAGGAGCAAGUUGAAGCACUGAAGGCUCCAUUGGAUUCGGCGUACAAAAACAACGCCCGGCCGGCGCAGGCGCUGAAUGGCCGGAAGAUUGAAAUCUACGACGAACUCAGCGAGUACUGAAAACCUCUCCCGCGCCCUCUUUGUGCCGCACAACAAUGAACAAACGAAGAAUUGCUCGGCUUGAAUUCCUCUUCUUAAAAGGAAAAAAAAAAAGAAAAAAGAAAAGAAAAAGAAGUUCAUAAAUACCAUUCUAACCUUUCUACUCUGUAAUCUUCGUGGAUUGAUUGAAUAGUAACUGGUCAUUUCACGUUUCCUCCCUGA